CUUCUGACGACAACAUUCAUUCCGCAUCAUCAACAUCAAGCCACAUCUUCAACUCUCUUAACCUCCACAUCAAACCCCUCCACUUCCGUCUACAACAUGGGCGCGAUUCAGUACAAGCUGGGCAUGGCCGUAUACGGCACCGUCCUCGCCGUCGUCGGCUUCAUCGCGACGUUUGAGGCCAUCAUCCUGGCCCUCAUCGGCAAGCGCUUCAACGUUGACUUUUACGUUGCUCGCACCUUCUACUACCUCUGCGCACCUAUCAUCGGGUGGUACAUUCAGAUGGAAGGCGAGGAGCACUUGCUCAACCUCCAGGCUACUGGGCCUGCCGUCAUUCUUGGCAAUCACCAGAGCAUGGUCGACAUCCUGUAUCUCGGCCGCAUGUUCCCGAAGCGCGCGGCCAUCAUGGCCAAGAAGUCGCUGAAGUGGGUCCCCGGCCUUGGGACAUUCAUGAUUCUCUCGGGUUCGGUGUUCCUUGACCGCAAGAAUAACAAGAGUGCCGUGGCGAUGAUGAACGCGGCGGGCGACGAGAUGAAGAGGAAGAAGAUUUCGGUGUUCGUCUUCCCAGAAGGCACUCGCCAUCUUAGCGACGAGCCGUUCCUGCUCCCCUUCAAGAAGGGCGCCUUCCACAUGGCGAUCCGCGCCGGUGUGCCCAUCGUGCCCAUUGUGUGUGAGAGCUACUCAAAGCUGCUCAAGCCGGGCAAGUACUUCCGGCGGGGGUCUCUCAAGCUGCGUGUCCUCCCGCCCGUAUCUACCGACGGCUAUACAGCGGAGAACAUUAACGAGCUCAUCGAGAAGGUGCAGACACAGAUGCUCGCGGCGCUCAAGGAGAUUUCAACGCCGGCUUCCAAAUCUGCCACCUCAUCGACAUCCACCAUCGUCGACACGGCUUCCAGAAACAAGCCUGUUGCGGAAGGCGACGGGGUCGACGCCGACAGCGACGCGAGCGACGAGACCGAGGUCGAGGAGAGCGUCAGCGAGUCGGACGGCGACGUGCCCGCCGGCAAGCCGGGCAAGGUGGCAUUAGCAAUGGUAUCGGAUUUUUUCCAUCCAAAUGUCGGGGGCGUGGAGGGGCAUAUCUACAGCCUGGGUGUGGAGUUAGCAAGGAGGGGGCACAAGGUUAUUGUCAUCACCCAUCAUCACGACAAGCGUGUCGGCAUCCGCUACCUUGCUCCCGGCAUCAAAGUAUACCAUGUCCCCUUCGUCCCGCUCGCCAGCUCAGCCUCGCUGCCAAACUACCUCCUCUUCCUCCCCUACUUCCGCUCUAUCAUCCUGCGCGAGCGCAUCACCCUCGUGCACGGGCACGGCACGCUGUCCUCGCUCGCGCAUGAGGCGAUGCACCACGCGCCGCUCUUCGGCGUGCGCACCGUAUUCACAGACCACUCGCUCUUCAGCUUCGCCGAUGCCGUCGGUGUACUGACGAACAAACUGCUGGCCAGCGCCUUGCGCACGGCUGACGCAGUAAUCUGCGUCUCGAACACGGGACGCGAGAACACGGUACUGCGCGCCGAGCUCCCGCCCGACCGCGUAAGCGUGAUCCCAAACGCGCUCGUGCCGAGCCAGUUCGCGCCCGCCCCCACCCCCAUCCCAACAGACGAGAUCACGGUGGUCGUCAUCUCGCGCCUCGUGUACCGCAAAGGCAUCGACCUGCUCGUCUCGUCUGCGCCGGUGAUCUGCGAGCUGUUCCCGCGCGUGCGCUUCGUCGUAGGCGGCGACGGCCCGAAAAUGGUCGACCUACUGCAGAUGCGCGAAAACCACCGGCUGCAAGACCGGAUCGAGCUGCUCGGCGCCGUGCGCCCGGCGGACGUGCGCGCAACCCUCACCCGCGGCCACAUCUACCUCAGCACGAGCUUGACGGAGGCGUUCGGAACAUCGAUCAUCGAGGCGGCGUGCGCCGGCCUCUUCGUUGUCGCGACGCGCGUCGGCGGCGUCCCCGAGGUCCUGCCGAGAGACAUGGUCGAGUUCGCGCGCGCGGACGAGGACGACGUCGUCCGCGCACUCGGGAAUGCUAUCCGCACCGUGCAGAGCGGACAACAUGAUGCUGCUCGCGCGCACGAGCGCGUCAAGACCAUGUACUCGUGGGAGGCGGUGGCCGAGCGCACCGAGGCCGUGUACUACCGCGUACUUGCGAGUCCGCAGAAGACGCCGUAUGAGCGCCUCGCGGCGCAUUAUGCUGGCGGGCCCGUGUUCGGGCCUAUCCUCUGCGCCAUCCUCGCCGUCCAGUGGUGGUUCCUCCAGUUCCUUGAGGUCAUGAUUCCCCGAGACGACAUCGAUCCCGUCAUGUCCGACUGGGAUGCACGGCAGUUUGUCAAGACCGUCGAGCGCGAGAAGAGGGCCAAGGGAUGCCACUAGCUAAGAGUUCCAACACUGUUUAUAUCCCGCAUUGAUACCAUGUGCAUGUACACCUACGCCACCCUUACGCCACUGCGACAGAACUAUGCAUGUAGGCUACUCUACUGUAUGCCUUCUACUACGCGU